AUAAGUAGCCCUGGCCACUCAGCUGCAAUCAUCAAACAGUGCUUGCUAGCAGCAAAGUCAGUUAAAUUCAUAUUAAAUCUUCAAAGAAAAAUCAAAAAAUUAACAACAUGGGUUGCAAGGCUUGUGGAACCAACUGCCAGUGCUCGGCCACCAAAUGCGGCGACAACUGUGCCUGUAGUCAGCAGUGCCAGUGCUCCUGCAAGAACGGACCCAAGGACAAGUGCUGCUCCACGAAGAACUAGGUCCUUAGACUCUUGUUAAGCUCCUCUGGACUUGUGUGAUAUAUACGCCUACAGCAUUAAGUCAUAAUAAAUAUUGAAUCAACUCAA